GCCAGCGGGUGCUUUUCGAUUUGCGCGCCGCGUUCACGCGGGAUACCCGAAGUUCUCCGCUCUUGCUCUUCGCGAUUGGAUAACAGUGACUUAUGUGCCUCUGCGUGCGUCUGUGUGUUGUGAUCUAAAACAGUGUCAAUCUCUCCGUGCCGGCUUCAUCUUGCGCUCUUGGUGUUCGACAACUUGUGAGCGUUUUUUUAUGCAUGCGACGCCAAACGGCCCGUUUGGGGAUACGACGACACCUUUCUGUAAUGAACAUUCGCUCCACCAAAUUGAACGCUUUGCCAAAGAGCUGAUUUGCUGAAUAACUCUAUGAGGUGCCUUGACCAGAAAUCCGUAUUGGACUGUAUAUUCGGCUCUAUAUUUUGCACAUUAUCGCAAGACGAGAGUAAAAGGUUGUGCAAACAACAGAUAAACAACCAGUAAGCAAUCUGCAGCAGUGCUUAACAGCAGUUAUGACACUUUCAAAUGUUUAGCGGAAUAAAAAUUGCAGCGUUCAAAAUGGUUUACGCAUAUCUUACGCCAUGGCUCUUGUUGCCAGAUAUGUUAAGAGAAACGAAAGAAACUACAAACGCAGUAAAGAAUUGAUCUUUAUCUUGAGCGUUUGCUGUAACGAGUCUCAGUUAUCAGUCAUUUAUUAUGCGAGUAGAUUCUUGCUGCUAAGUAACAAAACAAGCAAUAACAAACACCCGAAUGCUCGACGAUGUAAUCCUAAAGAAAACAUGCGCUAUGAGCUAGUAAUCUAAAGUACGGAUACACAGCUGCAAUUAGAAAAGGUAGUGUUGACUGAUUGAUACAGAAAAAGCGCACUAACUAAGCCGCGGGUACGUGACGUCGAUUCCGAACCAUGAGUGCUGAAACAGAAGCAAACGUGACAAUGGCGUGCGGGGAGAACAGUGCAGUUCACGAAACCUACGGUGAUCGAGAAAACUUCCGAGACGUCCAAGUAAACAGUCAGUGGUAACACCAACAACCACCAGGCCCCAGUAAUCAACAUCGAUCCCGAUGUCGAGUCCGGCGUCGUACUCAGGGUUCCAGACUUGCCCUUCUCCAGAGGCAACUCGCCGGCCGAUUCCCUGUGUGCGACGCCCAAUCAGUUCCUCAACCUGCCGAGUCCAGGCGAACACCGCAGACACUCGAUGCAAGACGGCCGAAGUGCGCACAACAACCACCACCACCAUCGGCGGCAUCGCGACCGCAAGCGUUCCUGCCCCGACGUGCGCAGUUCGGCGGACCGACGUCGACGCGGAAGUCGUAGCCCCAUGGCCCCUCACGCCCUGACGGUGUCCAGUGGAGCCGAGUCAAUGAGCGUAACGCCUUCGUCUUCGCGUCGCUCUAGCGCCAGCAGCCAGAGUCGCCGAUCGUCUCGGGACAGCGAGAGCUGCCCGCACAGCCGUCGCUCGUCCCGGGCAGACGACGGGAGCCGCAGGUCCUCCAAGUGCGACGAAAGUCGACGUUCGUCACGCGCGACAGACGACACCGGUGGCAUCGGACACAGCAGUCGGCGCUCGUCGCGAAGCACCGGAGACGACGAGCGGCGGUGUUCGGAGGACAGGCACUACCACUGCCACCACCACCAGCACCACCGCUCCUCGCACCACCCGCGCAGGCGGGAGUCCUCGAUAGCCGGACCGGAAGCGAGCCGCCGGAAAGGCAGUUCACUGCUUCCACCCGACGUGGAUGCCGGUAGCCGAAGGGCCUCCAAGGCGCCGUCACUCCUUGUCACCGACGAAGAGACCGGCCAGCAACGCAAGCCCGACGACGAACUCGACUCGCCCAAGCGCCGGAUUAUCAUAUUCGUGAUCAGUUCAGUGGCGUGUUUCAUCCUGCUCAUGAGUGUGGUGCUCAUCGCCGUCACCCUCACCAUCUCGCCGGCCAUCGACAGCAUAGGUGAGUUCGGCCUCCACCGGACCUUUCUUUUACUAAGCAGUGCAUCUCGGAACGCAUGCCGCCUAUACCUGCGGGGAGUCUUGCCAGCCAGUGUCCUACGCAUCCUGGGACCGACCCUCACACAGGACCACGGAAUAACCUGGUGCCCAGCACAUGCCGGAGUGGACGGCAACGAACGGGUGGACCGCCUGGCUCGAGGUAUGACAGGCCGAGCCGCGGAGCACACCGCCCCAACGAACGCCCCCACACCCGGCACGCCACGAGAAAUUCUGGAGUUUCAGAGAUUCGGACGAAGAUCCAAGGCUCCUCCCCAUCCCAAGCUCAAAAGGGGCCAGGCGAGAGAUUGA